CAUCUCUAAGUUUACAAAUCUAUCGUGUAAAUUAAACGCGCUAAAGAGUUAUCGAUGGUGUGGUUAAAAUGUAGAAAAAACAUAAUUUAUACUUUGUUGUAAAGUACAUUUAUAAUGUCAGACGAGUCCGAAUACGACGCAGAGCCUGAAGAAUUUGAUGUUUAUAAAAGAAAAUAUCAACUGUUACUGGAUAGAUGUGAGAUCUUGCAACAGGAAAAUGAGAGGUUAGUCUUUCGUAUUCAAAGAAUAAGGAAGUUGCUUAAACGGACGAGAAAGGAAAAAAAAUUUUUAAUUGAUCGAUUGGAUCAACAUGGAGAUCGUUGGCGUGAAGCUCCUAUGGGUGUUCUAGAGGAAAACAGUGUAUUCCAAGCAACUUUGAAACAAGAGAAAGGAACAAAAGCUAUGCCAAAUAAUUCUAAGGAAGAUAAACCAAAAAAAGGCACCAAAAGGAAAGGUGCAAAAACAGAUCCUAAUGCACCUAAACGACCUGCAAAUCCUUUCUUUCAAUUUUGUCAAGAACAAAGACCUCGUGUAAUGGAAAGGCUGGCUGGUGAACCAGAACCAAGUAAACAAGAAUUAACUAGACAAUUAGCGACUACAUGGAAGUCGCUUAGCUCUGAAGAUAAAAAGGUAUAUUACGACAUGUAUGAGCGCUCUAAAGAAAAGUAUGUUGCAGAAAUGCAAAUUUACAAUAAAAAAACAGAAGAUGCACCAAGUCAAAUGUCUUUAAAUACAACGUAGUAUUUACUUUAAUAAAUUUCCAUUGUAUAUAUAUUAUCUGUAAUUGUGCGUUUGUAUCUAUGACUAUAUGUAAUUGUACAGCAUAUUCAAAUAUAAUAUUAUAUAUAAAAACACAAACCCUGUUCGACCCCUUUAUUC